AUGCUCGUAGCCCCUCACGACAGCAUCACAUCAGAGCUUCUCCUGCUUGUCCUGCUUGUCCUGCUUGUCCCUUCUCACCGCCGCGCACGGAAACGGCAUCGCAAGCCAUGGCAUGGUCACAACAGGAUCGCCUCUCUCCCUCAGAGCAAGCGCUGCGUCAGGUCAAGUCAGGGCAAGUCUCAAGCUCUGAAGAUACGAAGUGUUGUUGGCUGUCUUUGUCCUGUGCAUCGUAUUAUUUCACGUUACCCGUAUCUUGGCCCUUGGCGCAUUCCUUCCAUUUCUCUCCACUCACAGAAGCACCGAGGAUAA